UAAUGGCAUGAGUACUGCUUUCUACUGUUAAGACCAGCUUUACAGUGCGCGCGUCGGAGAACAUUAGAGUGGACUGUUUGUGUUCUUCCAUCAGUCAAAAGUUAAAGCCAAAAGGCACCGAGGAGAGGAGGAGGAGGAGGAGAGCUGUCAAAUUGCACAAAUUGCAAACUUAGGCAACAGCGACUAAAGUCCACAAACUCACAGAGGCUGAAGAGGCUUCAGAACGCAAAACGCUUCAUCUUUUUUUUUUUUUUUUUCCUGGCUGAUUCACAGAAGGAUACACUGCUGGACAUGUGAAUUUAAAAGGAGGAUACUUUCCAAGCGCAACCAUGAAACCAACAACUACCCUGUGUCUGUGUUGCUUCGGCUUUUUCCUCACUUGCGUCUUGUUUGGGUCCGGCUCUUCGCAAUCAGUGUGUGCUGGUACAGAGAACAAGCUGAGCACCCUGUCGGACCUGGAGCAGCAGUACCGCACCCUAAGGAAAUACUACGAGAACUGUGAAGUCGUCAUGGGUAACCUAGAGGUCACAAGCAUCGACCGAAGCAGGGACCUCACCUUUCUCAGAUCUAUCAGAGAAGUGACGGGCUAUGUGUUGGUGGCCUUAAACCAGUUCGACUACUUGCCACUGGAGAACCUGAGGAUCAUCAGAGGAACCAAACUGUACGAGGAUCGCUAUUCCCUCGCCGUCUUUCUCAACUACAGACGUGAUGGAAAUUUCGGAUUGCGGCAGCUGGGAUUGAAAAACCUCACAGAGAUCCUGAGUGGAGGUGUCUACGUCGACCAGAACAAGUUCUUGUGUCACGCGGACACAAUCCAUUGGCAGGACAUUGUGAAAAACCCAGGAAUCCAUCCUGUGGUGGUGCCCACGAACAGCAGUGUGACAUGUCAAAAAUGCCAUCGUUCCUGUAAUGGCCGUUGUUGGGGACCCAAAGAGGACCAGUGCCAAAGCUUAACAAAGACGGUGUGUGCCGAGCAGUGUGACGGCCGUUGCUUUGGCCCCUAUGUUAGUGACUGCUGCCACCGUGAGUGUGCAGGUGGCUGCUUUGGCCCAAAGGACACUGACUGCUUUGCCUGUACCAGCUUUAAUGACAGUGGGGCAUGUGUGACCCAGUGCCCCCAGCCGUUCGUUUACAAUCCAACGAGUUUUCAACUGGAACACAACCCAGGAGCGAAAUACACCUACGGAGCCUUCUGUGUCAAAAAGUGUCCACAUAACUUCGUGGUGGACCAGAGCUCCUGUGUGAGAGCGUGCCCUAGUAACAAGAUGGAGGUGGAGGAAAACCGCAUUAAGAUGUGCAUUCCUUGUACUGACAUCUGCCCAAAAGCGUGUGAUGGUAUAGGGACAGCCAGUCUCCAGACAGCUCAGACCGUGGACUCCAGCAACAUCGACAAGUUUGUCAACUGUACAAAAAUCAAUGGCAACCUGGUUUUCCUCAUCACUGGUAUCAAAGGGGACGUCUAUCAUAACAUUGAGGCUUUGGACCCAGAAAAACUGAAUGUAUUUCGCACUGUUCGUGAGAUCACAGGUUUUCUGAACAUCCAGUCAUGGCCCGACAACAUGACAGACUUGAGUGUUUUCUCCAACCUGGUAACUAUUGGGGGACGAGCGUUGUACAGCGGCAUCUCCCUGCUGGUGUUAAAGCAGCAAGGCAUUUCAUCACUGCAGCUCCAGUCUUUGAGAGAGAUAAGCGCCGGGAAUGUCCACAUCGCAGAGAACAGCCAGCUUUGCUAUUACAACACCCUCAACUGGACCAGACUGUUUCGCACCGCGAACCAGAAGGUUCUGAUCCGCAACAACCGAAGCCCACAGGAGUGCUCCAAGGAGCGCAUGGUGUGUGAUCCGCUGUGUUCGGACGCCGGAUGCUGGGGUCUAGGCCCAGACCAGUGUCUCUCCUGUCGAUACUUCAGCCGUGGACGAACCUGUGUGGACUCCUGCAACCUUUAUGAAGGGGAUAUUCGAGAGUACGCCAACGGCUCAGUGUGUGUGGAGUGUGAUGCCCAGUGUGAGCGGGCGGACGAUGACUCUUUGACCUGCAAUGGUCCGGGCCCGGAGCAUUGUGUAAAAUGCCUACAUUUCAAAGAUGGUCCUAAUUGUGUGGAAAAGUGUCCUGAUGGGUUGCAAGGUGCCAACAGUUUCAUCUUUAAGUACGCCGAAGCCAACAAUGAAUGCCACCCCUGCCAUUCCAACUGCACCCAGGGGUGUAUUGGACCGAGACUACAAGACUGCAUUGGCUGGAUGGACAGAACUCCUUUGAUCGCAGCGGGGGUGAUCGGUGGCCUCUUCAUGGUGGUGAUCAUGGUGCUGAGCGUGGCAGUGUCUGUACGCCGGAAGAACAUUAAGAAAAAGAGAGCCCUGCGUCGCUUCCUGGAGACAGAGCUGGUGGAGCCUUUAACACCUAGCGGGACAGCACCUAACCAAGCCCAGCUUCGCAUCCUCAAGGAGACAGAACUGAAAAGGAUCAAGAUUCUUGGCUCGGGAGCUUUUGGAACUGUUUACAAGGGUAUUUGGGUCCCAGAGGGUGAAACGGUGAAGAUUCCUGUAGCCAUUAAAAUCCUAAAUGAGGCCACGGGACCCAAGGCUAACGUGGAGUUCAUGGAUGAGGCCCUGAUUAUGGCGAGCAUGGAGCACCCCCACCUAGUCCGUCUGCUAGGCGUCUGCCUGAGUCCCACCAUCCAGCUGGUCACGCAACUGAUGCCUCACGGAUGCCUGCUCGACUAUGUCCAUGAGCACAAGGACAACAUUGGAUCCCAGCUGUUGCUCAAUUGGUGUGUCCAAAUUGCCAAGGGGAUGAUGUAUCUGGAGGAGCGCAGGCUGGUCCACAGGGAUCUGGCAGCCCGAAAUGUCUUGGUCAAAUCUCCCAACCACAUCAAGAUCACAGACUUCGGACUUGCUCGCCUGCUCGAUGUUAAUGAGAAGGAAUAUAAUGCUGAUGGAGGCAAGAUGCCCAUCAAAUGGAUGGCCCUGGAGUGUAUCCAUUACAGGAAAUUUACACACCAGAGCGAUGUUUGGAGUUACGGUGUAACCAUCUGGGAGCUGAUGACCUUUGGAGGGAAACCAUACGACGGGAUUUCCACUAGAGAUAUUCCAGAUCUGCUGGAGAAAGGGGAACGUCUUCCACAGCCUCCGAUCUGCACCAUUGACGUCUAUAUGGUGAUGGUUAAAUGUUGGAUGAUUGAUGCAGACAGUCGGCCCAAGUUCAAGGAACUGGCUGCAGAGUUUACUCGCAUGGCUCGUGAUCCUCAGAGAUACUUAGUUAUUCAGGGUGACGAUCGCAUGAAGCUGCCCAGCCCCAACGACAGCAAGUUCUUCCAGAGUCUCCUGGAUGAGGAGGAGCUGGAGGACCUGAUGGAUGCAGAGGAGUACCUGGUGCCACACUCCUUCAACAUUCCUCCUCUGGCAUACACACCUCGCACACGUAUGGACUCCAACAAGAACCAGUUUGGUUACCAGGACCCCAGUUUCAGCAUGGAGGACAUGCUCGCCACUCUCCCCAGAGUAGUGUCUGUUCCCCCUGUGACUGCCAGCUGCAUGCCCCCUCAGGACCUGGCCUCAGGAGGGCCGAUGGCUGGUGGGUUUAGCCGUGGAAGUCAGGAGGACCCCCGCUGCAAUGGCACCCUAAGGAAGCAGGCCUCCCCAAGGGCCAGCACCCUGACACCCGGCUCAGCUCUCGGCGCAGGACAAGGUGGCGGAGAGGACAGUAGUUCUCAGCGUUACAGUGCUGAUCCCACUGGUCUUUUGGGGGAACGAGGAGCAAAGGCGGAUAAGGACCAGGAAGGAUACCUGACUGCACUGAGAGACAAGAAAAACUCAGACUAUCUCAACCCAGUAGAGGAAAACCCUUUCGUCACACGUCGAAGAAACGGUGAUGCCCACGCAGUAAUUGACGGAGCCGGUUGCCACACUCUGCACAUGGUUGCAGGAGCUGCUGUUCCCAAGAGCCAGUCCGCUGUCGGGGAUGACGAGUACGUCAACGAGCCACUGUAUCUGAAUACCUUUCUUAACCCCGUGGACAAGAACGGAUUGGCCGGGGCAGUCUCUCUUGUCGGCUCUGGGUCUUCUGCUGCUCAGUCAGUAUCUCAGACAGUCAACCCGUCAACGUCGAGUCACACGGUCUCCUCUGCUGGAUAUGUGGUCGCCCCUGGCCACCUCUCCCAUCCGUCGUAUCCAUCACACACCCUGCAUCCGGGGCAUUCAGGACAUGCUCUGCACUCAGGCAUCACCAGCAGCACCAUCAUGUUUGAUAAAAAAGGCAAGAAAGCCACUUUUGACAAUCCUGAAUACUGGCAGCACAGUCUCCCCCCGAAGACCUCAAUGCACAACCCUGAGUACCUGCAGGACUGCAGCACACGAUUCUUCUACCGACAGAACGGACGCAUUCGCCCUGCUGUGGCUGAAAACCAGGAAUACCUGUCCGAGGCUGCCAUGAAAGCCGGCAAUGUAUUGCCACCACCUCCAUACAGACAGAGGAACACUGUGGUGUAGUGACCCACCUGUAGUACAAUGGAGGGAUGAAUCAAGGGGCAUGGGUGGAGAUGAAUGGAUCCUGAACUGUCCGCUCAUUUCCAUGCAGUAUUUCUAUACUUGGGUUUUCCCUGCCCCCACCCCCCCACACCCCGCUGAACACUUCUCUUUGUCAUGUCUGAUUGCAAGAUGUUUAUUCUAAUUCUAAGGGUCUGCCUUUUGUUGACAAGAUUACAAUAACCAUUACUUACAGCCUCACUUUACACUCAGACUUUAACUCUUUCUUAGUUCCAUCCUUGACUCCUAUGAUACGUAGACACAUCUGUGAGAGGUUCUAUCCCCGGAACAAACUUUCCUGCUCUCUUUACCACCAGUAAGACACGAAAACGACACAAUCAAAAAAGAUUUGAGUUCUAAAAGAAGGAAAAGUAGAAAUUAACCGAGGUGAGGCCAAAGAAGAUUAUUACCAUGACCAUACAAAAGCUGAGAUCGCUAUUCAUUUUACGCCCAUGAAUUGUGCUUCACCUUGUCUUUUUAACACAUUUUCACAUGACACAUGCGUCUGGACUUGCAUCGUGACUUAUCAGCAAACCCUGCAGUCAGGCUUAAAAGGCCAGAUGUGGUUUGCAUGCUUAUACGCACAUGCUCCUUUGACUUGUUCAUGUUUUUGUGCCAGUAAUGGUCUUCAAACAUUUAUCACAGAGAGCACAUAUCAUGCUUGAGACGUGUUAACAUGCCUGCAGCCCUGACACAAUAACAACCAUCCAUUAAUUUGCAAGUAAAUACACACACAGAUAGAUAAGGCUGCUGCGCUGUGAAAUAUAUUCUGAAGGAGAAACCCAAUUGACCUUGCGCUGGAAGACAGAGAGUGUGGAUGAUGGCAGUCAGUGGUGCAGCGCUGAGAAAGGGUCAACGGGAAAGUAAAUGUCACCACACUUUUAUGGAAAGCUGUGAUGUCCCCGCGCCGUUCAGGUCCUGGUGGAAAGCUUUCAGUAUAAUAUUGGCAUGGCUAGUUUGGGAUUGAAAAGGUUGAUUUCUCAGAAGACAAGCCUUCGACUCCUACAUUCCUACACCUUCUGUUACCCAUGCCAUCACAAGAACCGGCGACAACUCUUAAGUCCAUAAGCAUGAUGACUGGCAUAUAAAGCAGGCACGGAAUGAAACGUAUGAACAGAACGCGAGGAAAAUGUCACAUGGACCAGAAGGGUUUUGUUUUGGGUUUUUUUUUUACCUUGGCCAUGCAAUCAAGCCUGUAUGCUGGUUUGUUUCUGUCAGCAGGAUUACACAAAAACUACUUGUUGGAAGGGUAGGACACGGCCAAGGACAAGCCCAUUAUAUUUUGGAGCAGAUUCAUAAAGAGGAGCAGAGCCUGAUUUUUGUUUCACUUCUCUGAACAUUUCCAGAUAGGGUGUUGAUUGAAAUACAGGACUGCAGGGCCUUGGCAGAGAUAUGCAUUCUCAGAGUGCCCUUUUAAUUUGUUUUGUUUGUUUAAGCAUCAGGGAUCUCUUUGUGUUUUUUUCUUUAUUCUUUUUUUUUUUUUUUUUUUUUACUUUGUCACAUUGUCUUACACUGGACCUAAUGAAGAGCAGGAUAAACAGCACAGACACCCAGCCAAGAAAAAGCACUGUGGAAAUGGUAAAGAGGCAAACCCUACAGAGCUGUAAAUAAGCCAAUUACAUGUCAUUACCAGACAAACACAAUCCUGUAUAAAGGCUCUGUGGACCAAGCCGUUUCUGGAAAGAUGUUGAAGUACAUCAUAAAAGCAGGAUUAAAAAAAAAAAAAAAAAAAAAAAAAAGAUGCAUUUUCCACUUAUUAACUUGGCGUGAGUACAGAGCUGUGCUGUGUUUCUAAGGUUAGGGGUUGGUUCAUUACAAUAAAACAGGACACUUUUCCUUUGUAUGGGUGUCUCACACUAAUGGUGCAAUGCUAUCACUGAAUCCACUGAAAGUUCGCUUUCUGUACACUACUGCCAGAUGCCACGGUAAACUCUGCUUCUGAUGGAGACCACAAGCAUCUGUCCUUGAAUGACUGUAAAGCCUAUUUAGGCAGGAGCUGAUAAUUUAAUAGCACUUAAUGCUCUGGCACAGCCAAAUGACUUCGCUGUUAUUCUCGCUCUAAGCAGCAAUUCGUUUUUUUCUCAUCAUAGCACAACAUUAAUUUACAGUGAGACAAUACUGAACCUCAAGUCAUGUGUUUUACGAAGCAUUUGACCAAAAGUGGAGUAUGUCCACGUGUAAAAUAAUGAAUACCACCUUAGUAGUAUAUGGAGUUGGGCGAUAUGAUGAUACACGCUACAUUAUCACCUACAUUGUAUUACUUUAGUCAUCCCUGUUAAAGCAACUGCAAUACAUAGAGUGAAGUAAUUUGUUUGACAGAUGUUUUGUUUUGUUUUUUUGUAAAGUAGAGGUAUUUCCUGACUUUAAUAUUUUAGUAUAGGCCAAACAUCUGAAAUACUGGACAUUUAUGAAACAAAUACUAUAGCCUAUUUUUAUUAAAGGUACCCACUGUCUUAUAUUCCUACUUCUCUCAAACCACACAUAUUUUACACAGGCAAGAUACCAAUGUAAGAUCAGGGGUUAUUAGUUAGUAUUUAUUAUUUUUUAUCCUUCCAAUCUUUAAAUUGUUCUCCGUGAAAGCUAUGAUAAACUGUUUUCACUGUAAAAUACUGCAAUGCCCCUAUUACCUAAACUAGAUAUUAGGGAUGCACCGAUACCACUUUUUUCCAGACUGAGUACAAGUACUUACAUUUGAUUACUUGCCGAUACCGAGUACCGAUACGAGUACUUAAU